AUGCAGCACCAGAACCAGGACAAGGACCAGGACCACGAUCCGAGCCAGCUCAAGCUCAUUGGAGCCUACACCCGCUACUCCAUCCGCCAACCAAGCCUAACCUUCUUCUUUCUCCCAGGCUGGACUGCUCGUGUAGCUGUGCUGCUCGACUACUACCGCAUCCCGCACCAGUCCGUCCUGCUUUCUCUCCCAGAGUCCACCAAACUAUCGAAAUCCGGCCUGGUGCCCGCGCUAGAAGUGCCUGCUCUGGGACCCCAGUUCCAAAUAAACGACUCCCUCGCCAUAUGCGAAUACCUCGCUGAAGCAUACCCCGACCUGCCCCUCUGGCCCAAGGACGCUGCAUUGCGCGCCCAGGCCCGCACUGCAGUCGCACAGAUGCACUCUGGCCUCUGCACCGUGCUACGGGCCUCUUACCCCACCAAUGCUCUGGCAAAGUACACCGGCGCCAUACCUCUGUAUGACGGCGCGGCCAGAGAGGUGGGGAACUGUCUGAAGCUCUGGGGCCAGAGCAGACGGUUCUCGCGCGCCAGGCUUGCCGAGCUCGGCCAGGAGGGCGAAGACGAGGGCUUCUUGUUUGGGAAGUUCGGCAUUGCGGAUGCCUUCUUCUGGCCGGUCUUAUGGCGUUUCCGAUCUUAUAAUCUGCCUCUCACCGGUGCUACCCCGGAAGCUCUCGAGUGGAUGAAACGUAUGUGGUCCCAUCCCAAGAUCAAGGAGAUUGUCCAUGCAUACUACCUGCAAAAGGAACGUCCUGAGACUACCAUCUCGCACUACGAUGAUAUCUUCAAGGGUAACCCCUGA